AUUGAGUAAUACAUGUUCGGGAUAACGCUAACAUAUUUUGCACAAGGCUAAAAUUAGAAAGGGCUGAAUCUUUUUCUUUAUAUCCUUAAUGGGUAAUUCAAUUAUACAGAGCCAAGUUUAUUGAGUGUAGAACAGAUGAUUUUUUGUGAUUUUUAGUCAUGAGUUGGCGAAAAAUGUUCAACUUUAUAACGUGUAUAGGAAAAGUUAUCCAUUGGUGAUCCUGUUUUUAUGCCAUCUCAGUCUUCAAUACUUCCUCAAACAAUGCACAAUAUGUAGUAGGAUAGGCCAUAAACAAUGCUUUCCCUUCCUUUUUUCCCCCUUAAUCUCUCUUAUCGUCGUAUGUGAACCGGACCUCCUCUUCAUUUUUACAGGAAAAAGUGGAGAUUGACCACGAAAAGAAUCCACCAUUAUCACAGUUACAGGAAGGAGAUGAAAAAGCAGGGCAGCCAACCCCUAAAGCUAGCAACGAUGAACAACAUAAGAAUAUGAAUAGGAGACGCAUGAGAAGUAAAUCUACUGGUUCUUCUACUGCUUCCAAGAAUACAAGCAAAGACAAAGUUAAAGACAAUAGGAGACGUCUGAGGAGACAUUCUACAACGUUCAAAACCCAUGAACAUGAACCUCUAGAAAAUUUGUUCGAGUUAGAGGAUGCUACAUAUCUUAUCACACAAUCUGGACCUAACAAACUGAGAUCUCCAACUUCGAAAACUGAAAGAGGAGAAAAUACUGUUUUAAGGAGGGAAGCUCCAAGGUGUUCUUUCGGAAGACCCUUGCGAAGAGCAGUUCAGAAGGUUCAAUCUUACAAGGAGAUUCCUCUAAAUGUCAAGAUGCGAAGACUAGCAUAAAAAGCUAAUUAACCGAUAGAAUUAUAUUUAAUGUUCUUUGUUUAAUCAUUUAACAUUUUGUAUCCUAUGUUGAUGUUGAGUAGUAAUGUUGUAUACUACGAUCCUAGUUUGUUGGCUAUCA